AAGAGACUUGGGAGGCAUCCAGAGGGGUAAAAAGAGGAAGAAAAGGGUAGCUUUUUGAUAGCUUUGCUGCAGAGAGAUUUCAGAUGGGAAGUAACAGAAGUUUGUUUCGCCAUUAAUGGGCAGUUCUGAUCCUCUGGAAGGAGGUGAGAGAAGAACAAAAGGUUGGAUUUUUGGAGAGUUUCAUGGGAGAUAGAGGGAGUUCGAAAGAGGGGCAGCCGCAAGAGCACCAGAGCUCCUUUGGGAUAAUUCAUUCCUCCUCCACCAGCUCUACCAUCAGGAGUAGGGAUGUUGCGCCGUAUGACUUGGGAGAGUUGGAUCCGGCCUUGUUUCUGUAUCUAGAUGGGCAAGAUCACUCAUCAGUUCAAGAACAACGACAGACUCUGAACAUCUUCCCUUCUCAGCCCAUGCACGUAGUGCCGACUUCGAAGGGGGGUCAAAUGAGCUUGGUCUGUCCAACAAGCAGUUCAUCCAAGAGAUCAUCGGAGCAGUCCAUGGAAUUACCGAACCCAAGAGGUGAUCUCGCUGCUCUAACUGAACCACAAAAGGAUAUCAAGGCAGUAGUGAAGAGGGAAGGGAAUGGGAAGGGCCCAAGCUCGGAGCAAGAAGAGCCCAAAACACCUGAUGCAAAGACAUUGAGAAGGCUUGCUCAGAAUAGAGAGGCGGCCAGGAAGAGCAGGCUCCGGAAGAAGGCUUAUGUUCAACAAUUAGAGUCUAGUAAAAUGAGGCUAGCUCAGCUAGAACAUGAGCUACAGAGGGCGAGAGCUCAGGGUUUUCUCGUUGGCAGCGGCAGCCUCCCGGCCGGUAGCACUGGCGGCGGAGGCCUCCCGGACGGUAGCACCGGCGGGCUCAACGCAGGCAUUACCCUAAACAAAACUUAA